AUGGCUCUGAGCCAACCCCUCUCCCUCCAGGGACUCUGUGUCCUCCUCCUCGGCACCGUGGUGGGUGGUCAAGGUAAGAGCUGCCCUCUAAAGGAUGGAGCCCACCGCUGUGAGGGGAGAGUGGAAGUAAAGCUUCAAGGAGAAUGGGGCACAGUGAAUGAUGAUGGUUGGGACUUGGAGGAGGCAGCUGUGGUGUGUAGACAGCUGGGGUGUGGAGCUGCUAUUGGGGCUCCUCGAGAUGGUUAUUUUGGACCAUCAGCUGGCCCCAUUUGGUUUAGCUAUGUUUCAUGCAAGGGAACAGAGACAACUCUCACUGAAUGUCAGCAUUCAAUUAUUAAAGACUUUGGUAAUUAUGGCUUAUUUCAUGACUGGGAUGCUGGAGCAGUCUGCUCAGGAAAACAAACCCAGGCGCUGCCCCAGUACAAGGAUCCAGUGACGGAACCAGCGGCCUCAGCGGCCUCAGAGGAGAGCGCCCCCUACUGCUCAGACAGCAGACAGCUCCGCCUGGUGGCCGGGGGCGGUCCCUGCGCCGGGAGAGUGGAGAUCCUUGACCAGGGCUCCUGGGGCACCAUCUGUGAUGACGGCUGGGACCUGGACGAUGCCCGCGUGGUGUGCAGGCAGCUGGGCUGUGGAGAAGCCCUCAACGCCAUGAGGUCUGCUCACUUCGGGGCGGGAUCAGGGCCCAUCUGGCUGGACAACCUGAACUGCAUUGAGUCCCACGUGUGGAGGUGCCCUUCCCGGGGCUGGGGGCGGCACGACUGCAGACACAAGCAGGAUGCGGGGGUCAUCUGCUCAGAUUUCCUGGCCCUCAGGAUGGUGAGCGAGGACCAGCAGUGUGCUGGGUGGCUGGAAGUUUUCUACAAUGGGACCUGGGGCAGUGUCUGCCGUAGCCCCAUGGAAGACAUCACCGUGUCCAUGAUCUGCAGAGAGCUUGGCUGUGGGAACAGUGGAAGUCUCAACCCUUUAGUUGCUCUUAGGGAAGGUUCUAGACCCCGCUGGGUAGGGAUCCGUUGUCAGAAAACUGACACUUCUCUCUGGCAGUGUCCUUCUGACCCUUGGGAUUACAACUCAUGCUCUUCAAAGGAUGAAGCCUAUAUCUCAUGUGCAGGAGGGAGACACCAGAGCUGCCCAGCUGCUGCCCCCUCUUCAGACAGAGAGAAGCUCCGGCUCAGGGGAGGAGACAGCGAGUGCUCAGGGCGGGUGGAGGUCUGGCACAGCGGCUCCUGGGGCACCGUGUGCGAUGACUCCUGGAGCCUGGCAGAGGCCGAGGUGGUGUGUCAGCAGCUGGGCUGUGGCCCGGCCCUGGAAGCCGUGCGGGCCGCGGCGUUUGGCCCUGGAAACGGGAGCGUCUGGCUGGACGAGGUGCGGUGCAGGGGCCGGGAGUCCUCCCUGUGGGACUGUGCCGCGGGGCCCUGGGGGCAGAGCGACUGCAAGCACGAGGAGGACGCCGGGGUGAGGUGCUCUGGUGAGUGA